AUGGGUAGCAGUUAUUAUGGAGAGCCAAACAUGGGAAACGAUAGAGGAAACGGAGGGUCGUCGAGGAAAGGGAAGAAGAGCAACUCAGAAAAGCCUAAGCAGCCACAGAGAGGCCUUGGUGUUGCUCAAUUGGAGAAGAUCAGAUUACAUGGUCAAAUGGCUUCUUCUUAUCAUCCUUCUUUUCAUACUCCUUACCCUACUAAUUUCAACCAGGAUGAUAUGAGAAUGCAAACGGCUUACGCAACGCCACCGUCUUCAUCUUUCGCUUACUCAUCGGCCUCCUCGGCUACUUAUGGUUUCCACCCAAGCGUGAUGGUAAGUGUGUAUAUUGGGGGGCUAAGUGAAUAUGAAAGGACAAACAUCAGAUAUGGUGAUUCACAGCCGCCUGUGGCAGCAAGUUGGAAUCCAAGCCAUGGCUUCUUAGAGACCCAACAUUUAGCACAGCCAAGCAUGACUAGGCACCUUCUUAAUCUACACUUGGGGAAUGAAAAUAGCAAGAAAGAUCGAAGCAACUCAAUGGGCUCAAGCAGUCAAAAUUCCGAGUCAAGCGACACUCAAGAACUAGACUUGGAGCUUAGAUUGUCACUUUAA